UCCCCGACUCUCCGUCUUAUUUUACUCUUACUCUCCGUCUUAGAGCUCAGAAGUCUUUAAUCUCGGAUUGGAGAUGUCGUCGGCUAGUGAUAACUCCGGAGCCGCAGGGGGAUCCUUCAAGCGGCACAACUCCAAGUCCAACCCGGAGAGCCACGUCAUCACGAUCAAGGAAAUCAUCGACGGCUCCGAGAAGACAAAGUCCAAGUCUGCCGCCGUCAUUCAGAAGGUGCCGGAGGAGCUCCGGAAGCUGAAGGAGAGCGCCUACACGCCCCGGUUCGUCUCCAUCGGCCCUCUUCACAGCAACAACGACCACCUCAAAAAGUGUAUGCAGAACAUCAAGAUGUCCUACGUCAAGUACCUCUUCGGCCGGAUGGCCGAAUCCGGCAAGGAGGAGAAAGCUCAGGUGCUGAAACGGUGCCAAGACGAAAUGAGUAAGCUCACCGGCGAAGCCAAGAAGUUCUAUGCCGAGAACGGCGAUUUGCUCACUGAGGACAUGCUCGUCAUUGACGGUUGUUUCGUUCUCAAGCUUCUCUACUGGAAACGAAACCUCAUCGCUUUCGAGCAGUGCACCCCCCACGCGCGGAGCUUCGUCACCUCGUACGCCUACCUCAUGGACAGGCUCGUCAGCACCGCCAAGGACGUGAAGGUGCUAAUAUAGGCCGAAGUUCUGGUAAACUAUUUGGCCGCUGACGAAGAGGUCUCCGAUCUGUUCAACAAGCUCUGCAAGGAAGUGGUUUUGGGCGACUUCUACUUCGCGGAGACGUGUCAGAAAGCGGCGGAUUACAGCAAGCUGGGGUGGCCGGAAUUCAUUGGGUACAUGAGAAGGAAUUACUUUGCGAAACCGUGGAUGUUCACGGCUUUCCUCGUUGCGUUUCUGGUCUUCGGCAUGACGGUGGGCACUUUCAUCCGGAAUCUUCUUAGGUAAUCCGCGCCGACGCUGUUUCGUCCGAGACUCUUUUCAAUCCACAUUUCUUUUUUAAAUCUAAGUGGCUGUGACCAAUAUUAUACUAGCAAUAAAACUAGUAUUGGACAGUUUAGAGUGCAGUGUAUAGCAGCAGCAGAAGCAGAAGCAGACGUCUU